AUCUGCUUCUUACCUGGACUCUAAUCUACAGGAACCACGGUUUAGACCGAACUCUGGUUUACACUAAACUCCGGCUUAGACCAAGAGCAGUUUCCUCUUCAAUGUUUUUGUCAGAAAGAGGGAUUGUGAUUCCCUGUGACGUCAGGUGUGACAGGUGUGGCUCCCCCGCUUCAGGUACACGGAGACCAGGUAGGAGAAAAGCCAGGAAGGAGAAAGAGAGACAGAGUGUGUGUUUGUGUUUUUCCACCGGGACCCAGACUCUAAACAUUGUCCUCCCGAGCGCCGGCUGUUUGUUUGGUUGGAGGAAGGAAGUUAGUCGCAGGAAAGCCAUGAAGAGCCUGUAAUUAUCGGAAGGAGAACCCUCCCCUUCAGACUUCUCAGGCGGGCAGCGAGAGUCCAGUUCCAGGGCCAGGACGGACACAGACCGGAGGAACAGGUCCCGGUACAGGACGGACAGACACCUAUAGAAAGGUCGCGAGGAGGUCUAAACCGGAUCUUAACCUACAGACGCCCGGUCGUGUGGAGGUCCAGACCAGUCCAAUCCGAGUGGAAACGUGAGAAUCCCGGGUCUCUGCUCGACCACAUCCCAACAGCGAUGGCGAGCGUGGACGUGGAGGAGAUGUCUCCGUUCCCGCUGGAGCCCGACGGGACGCCGUGGCGCGACCAGCGGGAGCAGCGGGAACGCCGGCCCACCGGCUGCUGCGACCGCUUCCAGAGGAGCGUCUCCAAGUGGAUGCUCCCGCCCGACUCCCGGGAGACCUACCUGCAGCGCACCAACUGCUGCCCGCCGCCCAUCUUCAUCAUCCUCAUCAGCGUGGCCGAGCUGGCGGUCUUCAUCUACUACGCGGUGUGGAAGCCCCAGAAGCAGUGGGUGACUCUGGACGAGGGCAUCUGGGAGAGCCCCCUGACGUACCGCGCGGACCGCCGCUGGGAGGCCUGGAGGUUCGGCUCCUACAUGUUCGUCCACGCAGGGGUGGAGCACAUCCUGGGGAACCUGGUGAUGCAGCUGCUGCUGGGCAUCCCCCUGGAGCUGGUGCACAAGGGCUUCGAGGUGGGCAUGGUGUACCUGGCCGGGGUCCUGGCAGGUUCUCUAGCCAGCUCUAUCUUUGACCCCCACAGUGCCCUAGUGGGGGCGUCUGGGGGGGUCUACGCUCUGCUGGGGGGUUUCUUCAUGAACGCCGUCGUGAACUUCCGUGAGAUGAUUCCUCUGCUGGGCGUGUUCCGCAUCCUGGUGAUCGUCGCCAUCGUGGGCACCGACGUGGCCUUCGCCAUCUACAGACGAUUCCUGAAUGACGACGUUGGGAUGAAGGUGUCGUUCGUGGCCCACAUCGCGGGCGCGGUGGCGGGGAUGAGCGUAGGCUACGUGUUCUUCAGCGCCUUCAACCAGAAGCUGCUGCGGGACCCACGCUUCUGGCUCUGCAUCGCCGGCUACCUGGUCUUCGUGAUCGCCGCCGUGCUCUUCAACGUCUUCCUGUCCCCGGCGCCGUAGCAACGGCCUGGUCUAAUCGGCAGAGGUUUAAACUAUUAACUCAGGAUUUAUUCCCUUUAAGCAUCAGGAAGACAGGGUCAAUGAGGGUUCUCAGAGGAGUGGCGCCACCUGGUGGUGAACUCCAGCAAUACAUAAACAUGUCGACCACUGAAGAAUGGGACCAGACAACUUUACUACUGUGGUUUUUUACCGUCACCUAUUUUAUAUCUUGCGAUGACUAGCAGGUUUUUUUUUUUUUAUAGUUUGUGCGUUUUGUUUAAACCGUUUAAUUAAAAGUUGUUAACCGUCA